UAUCUUGCGCUGACUGUACAAGAGCUAUCAUGAGCGCAUGAGCAAAACAGCCCAGCCGUUCAGUACCUCCGGUGUCACUGUUUUCCGCACACGCAUUAUUUGUUAAUCAGCAGGAAAAUCAGUUAUGACUGAAUCCUGCUUCAAAUUCCCGCCAAGAAGCCGUUAACUGGCUACGAAAACAUUUUACGGUAGUUAACGAUCCGUGUUGUAAAAACGCGAGGUUGUUUAUGACUUUAACGCGGUUGUGAAUAGAAACCACCUGUGUGACUCUUUUACUACGGCACCAGAAUGAGAGACGAGUCAGAUACUACCGCCCUGAAUGAAAGGAUAGCGGAGUUCCGGAGUGACCCGGAGAAGCUCCGGCAGGCAACCGAAUUCGUAGACGAGCUCAUACAGCAGGCAAAAAAAGAGGCCGAACUAAAACAGAAAGAGAAAAAUAAAUUCGAAUCACAAGACUCGGGAACUGGUAACCUGAAGAGGAGGUUCGGCCGCGCUCGCGGUUUUGUGAUUCGCAUGUUCGACGCUUUGUGCAACUGCACGCAGACUGCCGCCGCCGCCGCACGAACCACGGCCAGAAACAACCCUUUUGCUAAGCGCUAAAAAGUCACAUCAAUAUUAAAACUACAGUAUAAAAGAUCAGAUAACGGCUGGUUAAAUAAACAGUGUCCGGAGGUUAUAUCAGUGACCUCAUAAAUGAAGCGCGUGAAGUAAGCCUGACCGUUAAUUGGCUACUUUUCAGUCGCUUACGCUACUUUUUUGAUGCUACGGCGCGCCGCUUUUUCGACGUUCCAAAAUGGCGAAUCGCUGCAUCGCGCGCCGUAGUCUUUAAAAUGAGGCAAAUUAUUGUCAACCAAGGCUAUCAGAAAUUUCCGAUCCGUUUUCAUAUUACAGAAUGUAUUUCAAAACCAAUUUAAAUAUUUUGUAAUAAAGGUUCAGCCCUAAGUUAAGUAACUUACAAUAUUAGGAAUUUUUCGUUACUUUUAUUUUAACCAUUUCGCUAAGUUUAUUGAUAGGCAUGUGAAGUUGCUCAUAUAUAAACCCUGAUGCGCAAAGUAAGGCUGACCACUAAUUGGCUACUAUUCAGUCGCUUAUGCUACUUUUUAGAUGCUAUGGCGCGGCACGGUUUGAGAUGUUCGCGAAUCGCCGCAGCCUUUAAAAUAGGGCAAAUUAUCGUUUUUCAAAUUGUAGUAGUGUGUUCAAAAUAAACUUAGGUAUUUUAUAAUAAAGGUGCAGUCAGCCCUUUGAAAAACUCGUGUAAACUAACCAUUUCGUUAAGCUCUUAAAAUGAUACCAAUACUAAAACGAAAGGUAAUUUGUGUCCUGAGGUCAAUUCAAAAAAGGACCGUUCUGAAUAUUUCUAUCAAGUAACAGUCGCUUACGCGACUUUUUAAACUACGGUCCUGCACGGUUUCUCAAUGUUGUAUAGAGCUCGAAUCGCCGUAGCGUGUAAUAAAAAUUCACCAAUGUAUUGUCAACUGCAAGGCUACGUUGGCAGGGCAUCAAGACCGAUUGAUUUUGCAUGCAGGCACAUUUUGUAAACAAAAUAAAGUGAUUCCAUUUGUUAUAAACAAGUUAGCUUUAAUUUUCGCAAACGGUAUCAGGGAACAAAAUCUAUUAACCGAUUACUGAUCGAUUUCCUUAUUUAAACGUUGACUGUUCUUUAUAAGUUUCUUUUACCCAACGUACGCGGUCGAAAACUGGUUAAAGAUCGGUUUGAUAUAGCGUUACGACGUCGCUUGGUUUUUAUGAAAACUAAGUGACGCAGCCACGUUUUAACGUUCAAAAAUUUCAGAUUUUCCGGACUCGGUUGCCAGCCCUGAACAUCAGACUGUAAUAAGUAAUGCGUUUUUGUUAUUACAUAAAUCCAAGUAUCCGAAUUUUGUUUUCAAAACGAAAAAAAAUACUUAUUGCAAGUAUCUAUUUAGUUUUCUGUAAAUUCCACAUAAUUUUGGUAAAAUUUUGACGUAUAGCUACAUAAUAUGUUAUGUAUUUAAUAUCUACUCAGACAUAAAAGUUUUAAUAAUACGAGUAUAAGUGCAGGUGGUGAUUAGGAUGCAAAAUGUUAAAGCCCGGAAAACAUAUUAAGAUUCUUAAAUUAAAAAAAAAAAUACAAAAUCCACGAUAAAGUAAAUUUACCGCAGUA